AAACAUAAAAAUGAAAUGGAGGGAGAGACAUGUCCUUCUUUGCCAUAUGACUGCUCAUAAUGUGAUAAUAACAGACAAGAAGACAUAAAGAGAAUACUAAAGUCCUUAAUACAUAUAAAAUUAAGUCUAAUUUUGGUAUACUACAGGAAAAGUCAUUUCAUUUACAAAGGAAGAAGCAAACAAAUAUGAUUGCUUAAAAUGUAUUAGUAACAGUCAGGAAGAAAUGAAAUAAAUGACAAAUUUCUUAAGAUAGAAUUAAGUAUAAUUUAUAAAAUACCGAAGGAGAAAAGUCGGUCAUUUUCAUUCACAAAGGAAUAAACAGCACGUGAAACAAAUAUCACUAGUAGUGAGAGAGCACAAACAAUUGAAGUUUCAAUUGUUACACAGUACGUUUACCAAAAUAUUUCCGAUUUACCAUAUACGAAUAUACGAAGAGACACGAAGAGAAUGGAUUUUAAAAAUGCGAAUUUUUUAAACAGUCAAGUGAACGUGCUCUCGGGGAAUCUGUUACCAAUAACCGACAAUUCGCGGUUUUCAGUAAUUAAUCGUGUUUACAGCAUCACCACAUGGUUAAUAGAAUUGACCUACACGAUCGCAUUGAUCUUUGGAAUUAUCCUGUCACCGUUGGAGAAGGGUCUGAAGGACGGCCUUGUCAGCGUCGUGGUGAUCGUGGAGAUGUUUUUUAUGCUUAUGCGUCUUUAUUCGCGCAAAAUGCUGAUGGUGGAGAUGAUUCAAAAGAUGAACGUUAUCUUGCGAAGCGCGGAUGAGAUUAUGAAGGAUAUCGUAAAAUCGGCAAUAAAGCCUAUAAUAUUGCCGUUCGUAAUAUACGGAAUAACCAACGUGAUAUCUGUCGCGAUAUGGCACAUGCAACCGAUUAUGCUGGUCUUUGAGAGGUCCACUUUCUUCUAUGUAGAUUAUAAUAUGCCAGCCGCUUUCAGCACCGAGCCGUUCUCCAGCCGCGUUUUGAUUCCCUCGACCAUUAUUAUGUCGAUCGGCGGCGUUUAUCUGUUUAUUAAGAAAUUCGGCGUGGAUGUGUACAUGAUGCAUUUGGUAUUGAUGUUAACGGCGCAAUACAGAUACACGGCGGCAAAGCUUACGAUGUUAUUUCGGAAUCUACAGAAUAGCCACGACGAAUCUCAAAAAAGGCAUCGGUCUAUGAUAAAUCGAUGGACGGAAAAAGAACUAAGAAAAUUGUGUCACCAUCAGAAUACUGUUUUAAUAAUGUCAUGUAUAUUAAAGAAACUUCUAUCUGUCAACUUCAGCGUUCUCUAUGUCAAUAACGUGUUACGCUUCUGUUUUUUAGGUAUCUUUCUGACCACAGUACCAUCAAUGUCUUUUGCAGAAGGAAUUUCAGUCAUCUUAUUUGCUGUUGGUUCACUUACACAGUUCUUUUUGUUGUGUUCUUCUGUUCAAACAUUAUUAGAUGCAAGUACCGAAAUAACGGAUAAAGCAUUUGAUGAGGGUUGGUAUCAGUUAGAACCGUCAAUGAAACGUAUAUUUAUAUUAUUAAUAAUGGCUAACAACCUGGAAUGCAGAAUUGCAGCAAUUGGAAAAUUCAAUUUAUCUUUGCCUUCAUUUAUGACGAUCAUAAACCAAUCGUAUUCAAUCGCCCUCCUGUUCUUAAGAGCGACAUAAAAAAAAUUGUUUUUUUCACACAUGUUUAAAUUUGGUAUAAGAUAUAAGAUAAAGAAUGGUUACUUGAG